CCCCGUCAGAGUGUGUUGAUGUUUUGUGGAGUGACGGGCUGGAGGAAGAAGGAGCCGCGUUUUGUUUUUGUUCAAACAAACCGUCGAAAAGGAGCCGAGCGGCGGUUCCAGCGGUCCGUUUGGGUUCGUUAGGAGCCUUAGCUCGGUGAUCAGAGCCGCGGGACCGGGUCCGAGGGCCGACACACCGCAGCAUUUGAUCCAGAACGGGAGGACUCGUCACCCUCUGACCCCCUCCCUGCCUCCCUCCCUCCCUCACACACCACCAUGACGAUUCUCCCGAAGAAGAAGCCCAGCUCCGGGGUCGGCGUCUCGGACCACGCCGAUGACAGCGACCGUCGGAGCGGCUCAGACCCGCACCAGCACCCGCACGCCGGGCGGACCGGAGCCCGGCCGAGGGCGUCCCCGCCGCCGUGGUCCUACCAGCCCGCUCCGCCCUCCGCUAGGGACGACAGGCGGAGCAUCGAGGCGAGCUCCCGGCCGCAGCAGGCCUCUCCGCCGCCCGUCGGCUCCGUGUCCCCGGUAGGACCGGGCGACGGGCGGGACAGCAGCGGCGGGAUGGUGGCGGGGUCCCGCGGGGAGCUCGUGGUGUCGGCCGGCGUCGUCGGCUGCGGCGGAGGCAUCGGCAGCUGCUGCUCCGGGCCCGGGCUGAGCAAGAGGCGGCGGCAGGCGGGCACCUGCUCCGGCGGGGUGGUGGCGGCUCUGGCCGGCGGAGGCCAGCCCGGGGGGACCGGACCGGGGUCCAGCCAGGACACGGAGGAAGGAGCCGGCAACAACAGCGAGGACGAGUACGAGAACGCGGCCCGGCUGCAGUCCGUGGACCCGGCGACCGUGGAGCAGCAGGAGCACUGGUUUGAAAAAGCUCUGCGGGAAAAGAAAGGCUUCGUCAUCAAGAAGAUGAAGGAGGACGGAGCGUGUCUGUUCAGAGCCGUGGCUGACCAGGUGUACGGAGACCAGGAUAUGCACGAAGUGGUCCGGAAACACUGUAUGGACUACCUGAUGAAGAACGCCGACUAUUUCUCCAACUACGUGACGGAGGACUUCACCACAUACAUCAACAGGAAGAGGAAAAACAACUGCCACGGGAACCACAUCGAGAUGCAGGCCAUGGCUGAGAUGUACAACAGGCCGGUGGAGGUGUACCAGUACGGCACAGAGCCAAUCAACACCUUCCACGGCAUCCACCAGAACAACGACGAGCCAAUCAGAGUGAGCUACCACCGCAACAUCCACUACAACUCUGUGGUGAACCCCAACAAGGCCACGAUCGGGGUCGGCCUAGGACUGCCCGCCUUCAAACCCGGGUACGCGGACCAGUCUCUGAUGAAGUCGGCCAUCAAGACCUCGGAGGAGUCGUGGAUCGAACAGCAGAUGUUGGAGGACAAGAAGAGAGCGACGGACUGGGAGGCCACCAACGAGGCCAUCGAGGAGCAGGUGGCCCGAGAGUCCUACCUGCAGUGGCUCCAGGACCAGGAGAAGCAGGCCAGACAGCCCCGUAAGGCGAGCGCCACCUGCAGCUCGGCGACGGCGGCGGCUUCCAGCGGGCCAGACGACUGGAGCGCCCGGUCGCCGCGGCAGCGCGACUCUGACCCCACCCAUUCUGACCUCACGACCGCCCCGUCGACCAACAACAAGCCCCCCUCCCCUGCCGGAGCCGCCCUCAUCUUGAGCAAACCCCCCUCGCCCUGCGCGCCAGGUCCCAGUAAUCAGAGUCGUCAUCAUUUGGAGUACAGAGCCAUCAUGCAGGAGAUGUCGCCUACAGCCUUUGGUCUGACAGACUGGGAGGACGAUGAGAUCCUGGCGUCGGUGCUGGCCGUCUCUCAGCAGGAGUACCUGGACAACAUGAAACACCAGAGCGCCGCCAUGCAUCGAGAGCGAGAGCCGUCACCCGACAGCAGCUGAUAGCCGCCGGACACAUACACCAUGACCUUUGACCUACCCUUACCCCCCCCAGCCCCGCCCUCCACCGUCCUGCCCCCCACCCCCACAGAAGGAGAUCGACCAGGGAAAAAAUAAACCAUCAAACAAAGAAAUGCACACUUGUUUUUUUCUCCAGACGUUUCAGCUCAUCCGCUCAUCCUCCAUUCUGUCGUCUCCUGCUUCCCCCCCCCCCCCCCCCCCCCCCCAACCACCACCUUCAGCCAAUCUUCAUUUUCUAAGUUACCGCUCAGCUGGAGCUCGGCUGAUUUAAAUUUCCUGACAUUGGUCCAUCUCUGGCGGCGUGUCAGAAUCAGAUUGAUUGAUUAUUUGGUUAUUAGCUCUGAGGCUAUCGGAGGCAUUGGUUUCAAUGAGGAAUGCUAAUCUGAACUGAAAACUGCUUCCAGUCUGUGUCAAGGGUCCUGACGGCUAUGUUAGCGCGCUCUUUAGCGAGCAGUGCUAUCACCUGAAGUCUUACCGUGUUUUAAAGCCAGCUAACACCGCUAACAAGCUGCAUUACAGUUAGCUUAGCUUUAAAUAGGAAAUCGUUUGCCCCUCUUAGCGCCCACAGGCGGCCAUUUUGUCUGAGGAAUGCUAGCCCCAGGCUAAUCAGAACUGAAAAGGACGACCAAUCUAAAGGUAUAUCAGCGUCCUGUAGGCUAAGUUAGCCUGCUCUUUAGCGAGCAAGCUAUCACCUGAAGCCUUGUUAUGUUUUAAAGCUGUUUUAUUAUGUUUUAAAACAAAGCUGCGUCACAGUUAGCUUAGCGGCGCCACCGGCAGCCAUUUAAAAUCCCUCUCAGCCAGCAAAGACUCCACGCUCCGUAACUCCUCCCCAUUUCUCCUCUUCCUCCUCCUCCUCCUUCCUCGCCACCGUCACCUCCACCAUCAUCAUCAUCAUUGGACUUAUUUAGCUGCAUGUUUAAUUGACCACGACCAAUAUCAUCAUAGAGAAAAGAAAACGACAAAUAAAAAAGGAGAGAAAAAAUUGUCAUACUUAUCCUCUUAAUGAUUGAUUAUUGUUGUUAUUAUUAAUAUUAUAAGUUUGUUUUAUUUUAUUUUCUUGUUUGGGAUGAAAAGAUCUUUUUUUUUUUUCUUGGAAUAAAAAGAGGAAAAUGUUUCUGAA